AUCCUUUCUUCCCUACACCACACACCAACACACACAAACCAUUGCAACUGCACUACACUGCAGCACACACACCCCGCACCCACCAAGCUAAGUAAUUAAUCAUCAAUGGCUUCCGCCGUGGUGAAGAUGGCCGUCGUCUGCCUGCUCCUCCUGUCCGCCGGUCAUCUGAUGGCCUCCGCCGCCGCCGCGCGCCCGGACACCGUCGACGACGCGGCGGCGCUGCUGCGCCUCAAGGACCGCAUCGAGCUGCAGGAGGAGGAGGCCCUGGCCCUCGCCGAGGAGCUCGCCCUCCUCGACGACGGCGCCGGCGACGCCGUCGGAGCCGGCUGCUCCUGCAGCACCACCAAGUGCAAGACGUGCAUCGCCACCUGCGGGAUCAAGUGCUUCCCCAAGGGAAUCAAAGGCUUCCCCACCUGCUUCUUCGCCUGCGUCUUCACCACCAGCAAGUGCUUCGCCUUCGGCGCCUAAUCGAUCAAUCGAUCACGUCGUCGUCUCGGCUCGUCAUCAAUCGCGAUCGAUCGGUCGUUUUCACCUAAUAAUAAUAUAAUCAUAUGUGUGUGUGCAAAGAAUAACGAAUUAACCUCCCCAAGCUUCAUGUAUGCAUACAUGCAUCGUUAGUGCAUGUGUCCCUGAUCAUGGGUCUCUGGGGGAGGAUCAUGUUGUGUCGUGUGUCGGCUGUGUCUCGGUUAUCGUCUUAUCGAUUUCGAUCAUAUCGGCCAAUUGUUGUCGCGCUGGCCACGUAUAUGUACUUGAUCGAUGACCGAGAAACUCCUAGGUCAAUCUGUGUGUUCAUAUAUACAUCAGUCCAAUAAAUCGAUCGUUAAUUAUAUUACAAA